AUUUGCACCUUUUUCGUGCUAAGAAGCGUCGGGUACUGGGGAGCGUUUGUUGUUUUUUGUUGCUGCGGGAGGGACUCUCGCAGUUCACAUUCACGUCCACCCUCUUUACCCACGAUCUCUUCCUCUGUAACCUUUGAAACCCAUUAUAUAUACACAACUGGGUUUUUCUGAGCAAAAAGAGCUAAAAAAAAAAAGAAUAAAAGAAUAACGUUUGCAUGAUCAGAGGGUGAAGGCAAAAUGGGGUCUCCUCCUACACCUAAGCUUUCUCUAUAUUCGUUUCCGAGUAUGGUAAAAGAGCCGUCAGGGAUGAUGACACCGCCGAUUCAUUCCUCUGUUUCAAUUCCAUUCCUGUGGGAGGAAGCACCGGGCAGGCCUAGGCGGUCAUAUCGGGGUAGUGAGAACGAAACUGAUACAAGCAAUGGAUCAAAGCCAAACGUUGCAAGAUGCUUGGAACUGCCUCCGAGGUUGUUAGCUAAGGCUAAGGUUGCUAACAUGCCACCUCCAACAACUGUGUUGGAUGGUCCUGAUGCGUUUUGGCCUGGGUCUUUUAGGAGCCUGGACAACAAGCGGCUGGAUAAGUUUGGAUCCAGUAGGUGGAGGAGCUUUAGAAAGGCUGGUCGAGUUGUUGAGAGAAGUUUUGACUUUUCAACUUCGGUUGUUCGCGUUGGAGAUGCUGGUGGCUCUGGCACUACAGAGGUGAAGAUAGCCAGGGUUAGGAAGAAAGCCUGUUUUCUGAAUCUAUCUCACGCUAGGUCACAUGUCUUGGCAAGCAUUUAUGAAAGCUUUAAGAAAGUGGUCCCAUGGAGACGAGGGCAUGAGGGCUCCUGCAACCCAUAGCCACAAGCUGAUCUGUGAGAUCAACUGUUUUAACUUCUAUAUUGAAAAGUAUUUUGUUGGUUUCUUUCAAGUAAUAUAUGUUAGAAUAAUUUAGAGCACUUCACGAUGUGUGAUGGAUCCAAUGGUGAUAUGGGAUAGAAAUUAGCUGUAAUGUUAUGAUGUAUAUGAAAUUAGCUCUAAUGAAAUCAGGGUUGGUUCAAAUUA